AUGUGACGUCAUAUCCAAGAUGGCGGUGGACUGUGUUUUUCAUUGAAAAUUUCACAGUCCUCGAAUUCGACUUGAUUUUCUCGCUACCGUGGUAGAUUUAGGGAAACUUUUCUUCAUAUUUCAGGAGUAGCGAGAGCAUAAGAAGCCAUACAGGACGAUAAAAGAUGAGUGAGCUUUCUCAGGAUGAGAUGCGCCGGAGACGGCUGGCACGUUUGGCUGCAGGGGGUCUUUCCACAUCCCCACCCCAGGGCUCGGGCACCACCCCCUCCCCCUCCAGUAGCACCCCUACCUCCCCAGUCCAGGCUGCCAGCAGCCAGCUCACUUCUCCUUCCCAGAGUCCCAGCAGUCAGCUGACAUCUCCUGCCCAGGGUGCUCAGUCCCCGCUGCAGUCUGGGUUUCUCACGCCGGGAGAUCGCUCCCCGCGGACGCCCAGUUCUCCCACAACCCCGGUCACGCCUACGGGCGCACGGCCGAGACAGAGGGCUGGGGCUAGCGCUACAUUAGACUACGGUUCUCAGUCCUCUCAGAGUCAAAGCAUGGAUACUGAUAGUGAAAAAGGGACCCUGUCCCAGAUAGAUGUGGACUCAGGUAUAGAGAACAUGGAAGUGGAGGAGGUAGAUAGAAAGGAUGGGGCUGUGUCCCAAAGGGAGCCUAGCUGUAGUUCGGAGCUGAAUGAGGAGCAGCUGCUAGCGAUCGUGUGUCGGAUCCUGCGGGUCUCGUGGAAGAAACCAGAGCAGGAUGUCGUCUUCCUCCCUGGUCUGGCUGCUGAGUUUAAACAGGACCCGAAACAAGUAUACAACAGUCUCCAGGACCUGGUCAGUCAGAUCUUAGUGGAGGUGUUGACCAUGCCUCAGGCACAAUCCCACAAUCCCUUUGCGAGCCUGACGGCCACACCCUCCCAGUCCCUCUCCAGCAUCACCAGUAAGAAGUUUGGGACCAGUCCCUUCCAUGGUUUGCCCAGCCCUGGUACAGAAGGUGCGACGGCCUCAGCCAGCUCCUCCUCCUCCACCAGUGACAGGUUCCACAUCCCUGCCUGCAGGGAGACAGACAUUCUCAACUAUCUACUCGAGUGUUUUGACAGGGUCGGCAUGGAGGAGAGGACUGCUCCUAAGCGGUGUAGCCAGCCGCCCGUGUGUUCUCUUCUGAACGACCUGCGGACCCAGUGCUGCACUCACGCCAUCCUGGUGCUACGAGGGGCGUUCACGGAACCGCGCGCUGCGGGGAAACAGUCGUACCUGGUCCCGUACCUGCUGUGUCGUAACCUGCCGCGGGGGUUCCUGCACGAACUGGUCAUGAUGGCUUGUCAGGACCCUGAAGACUUCCAGGGGGUUAUUGGGGUCGUGCUGCAAGACUUACAACAGACCAUGUCUGAGUUCUCUAUGGAAAACGACAAUUACAAGUACCCUCUCAUGGCCCUGACAGAACUGUGUGAACUGCGGAAGGGGACGUCCUCCCACAGACCUGUCUGUAACCUGAUUGCCCAGCAGACCACCUGGCUCCCUGAGACCCUGACCCAGGCCGGGGGGAGGGAGAUACAGAAACUCUCCUUCCUCGGACAGUUCCUCAGUCUCUCUGCAUUUGCUGAGGAUGAUCCUAAGAUAGCAGAGAGGUUCUUUGCUGGCCCAAUGCUGACCCAGGACAGUACCCGACUCAUCAACAGUUCAUUACAACAAGCACUGGACUUUGCCAGGGGAGAAAUGUUUAAAAUUAUCCACAGUCUGCUGGUGAACAGUGAGACGAGAGAUGCCAUGAUGACGUACCUACAGGCAGUCAUCGGUCGGAACCACAAGCGAGCACAGAUGCAGGCAGAUGAACGGAUGGUCGCACAGGACGGCUUCAUGCUCAAUAUCAUGACUGUCCUGCAACAACUAAGUGUUAAGGUUAAGAUGGACAAGGUGGAUACCCUGUACCCUCACCAUCCCAAGUCACGCAUCGACCUGUCUGAGGAGACAAGACUGAGAUGUUCAUCUGAGGAGUGGAAGACAUGGCAAGAAGAACUUAAUAAGGAGCCGUCUAACUGGGUGGAGCCCAAGUUUCCCACAGAAUGUUUCUUCCUGACGCUCCACUGCCACCACCUGGCCCUGCUGCCUGCCUGCCGUAACUACAUGCGCAGGGCACGCGCCAUCAGAGACCUCCAGCGGGCGCUGGAGGAACUGCAGGCUCAGGAGCCCCUGUGGAGAAACCUGCCCACAGCCAACAGACACAGGGAGACGUUAAAGAGAUGGAAAGCACAGCAGAAGAAACUGACCAGAAGCAAGGCGUGUGCAGAGGCAGUAUUGCAUGAUGAGUCCAUGUUACGCCGGUGCCUGCACUUCUACGGGAUGGAAGUCAUGCUGCUCUUCAAGAUUCUCGACCCCAAGAACCCCAGACCCACCCUACCCCUGGCAGAAGAUGUCCCCAUGGCGUUUGCGACUCUCCCAGAAUUCUAUGUGGAGGAUCUGGCUGACUUUCUCAUGUUUGUGCUACAACAUGCUCCCCAGGUCCUGGAGGACCCCUGUAGCCAGGACAUUGUCCUGUUCCUGCUGCUCAUGGUGGCCACGCCCAAGUACAUGCGCAACCCUUACCUCACCUCCAAACUCAUCGAGGUGAUGUUCGUGGCCAACCCCGCCGUACAGCCGCGUACGGAACGCAUCCACGACAUGAUCGUGUCUCAUCCGCUGGCUGCACCGUACCUGGCCCCCGCACUGAUAAGGUUCUACUCAGAUGUUGAGACAACAGGAGCCAGUAGUGAGUUCUACGACAAGUUCAGCAUCCGUUACCACAUCAGUAUCAUCCUCAAGACACUGUGGAAGAUCCCAGCUCACCAGAGAACUAUCAUAGAGGAGAGCAACACCGGGAAGGACUUUGUGCGUUUUGUGAACAUGCUAAUGAACGACACCACCUUCCUGCUGGAUGAGAGUCUGGACUCGCUGAAGAGAAUCCAUGAGACACAGGAGGCCAUGAAGGAUGUGGCCACGUGGGAGUCUCAGCCACGGGAUAUGCAGGAGAGCCGUCGGCGUCAGCUGAACAUAGACGAGCGUCAGUGCCGGUCGUACCUGACUCUAGCCACAGAGACAGUGGACAUGUUCCACUACCUCACUGUGCAGAUCAAAGAACCCUUCCUCAGACCUGAGCUAGCAGACAGACUGGCGGCCAUGUUGAACUUCAACCUGCAGCAGCUGUGUGGACCCAAGUGUAAGGACCUGAAGGUACAGAACCCAGAGAAGUUCGGCUUCGAGCCCAAGAGACUGCUGGGACAGCUGAUCGACAUCUACCUGCACCUGGACUGUGAGAAGUUUGCAGACGCCAUAGCAAAUGAUGAGCGCUCCUACAGAAAAGGAGUGUUUGAGGAUGCCUGUGGGGUGAUGAUGAGGGCCAUGAUUAAGACACAGUCUGAGAUCGAGCACUUCGCCAACCUGGCCGAGAGGGUGGAGAAAAUCCUGGUGCAGAAACUCAAGAGUGAAGCAGACUUCAGUGAUGCACCAGAGGAGUUCAAAGAUCCGUUGAUGGACACCCUGAUGGAGGAUCCUGUUAUCCUCCCCUCCGGUACGGUAAUGGACCGUGCCAUCAUCACCCGCCACCUGCUGAACUCACAGACAGACCCCUUCAACAGGCAGAGUCUCAGGGAGGAUGAACUCAUUCCUGCGGAUGAACUGAAACAAAGGAUAGCAGAUUGGAAGAGGGAGAAAAUGCAGUGAGCGUGCGUGCGUCAGAAAUUCCAGAGAUGACAGCGAUAUGAAGAGAAAAUGUACCAUUCUGCUCCAAUUUUCAGUGUUUGGUUGAGCAAUAUUUGCUUGCUUACAGCACACUUGUAUGUGCUUAUACCCCUCUCUGCUACCGAACCUCCCAAAUGUCAGUAAAUAUUAGCUAGUUACUCCAAUAUUUGACAAGCACUCGUUGAUGUUUUGAAUGCUCCUAAGACCAGUUUUCAUAUCUUAAAUGAGGAAAGCCAGUUUCCCUCUGCAUUUUGAAUGUUUGCCUCAAGCCCCUCCGACUUUAGUUUUCCUAGUUGUAAACCUACAGUCAUCAUCAGAAUAUUGUGAAGCAUACAAUUAUUGGCCAAUAAGUAAAACACCGUAAGUUGGAGCUGUACAGAGGGAUGAUACUAUGUAUGACGAUGAAGGUUGUGAUCCACAGUACAUGAAUUUGGCUUCACAAGUGAUGUCAACACAGAGAUCUAUGAUCCAAAAUAAAGGGGGAAGAAGGUGAAUUUUUUUCCGGUGAGAUUGUCAAGGUAAAAUGAUUUGUGGGUCGAUCUAUGAAAUAUGGAAGGUUCUUGUUGCACUAUAGCCGACCAUUCAGUUUUCUUUUUGUUGUUCUUUCUUGACUUUGCAUUUGACUAACACGGACAAUAAUGUAAAAGUGUCAUGGGCCGUAAUUAUCAUGUCUGAUACUAAUCCAAAACAAUAGGAUCAUAACUUUUGGUUGGCAAGUUACAAGAAGAAUGGACUGUAUGUAACUAAUCUUAAUAAAAUUGGGUAUAUUAUAUCAAAUUAUAAGUGCUGAGCAAGAGAUUCACCACAAAAAAAGGAGUAUGAAAGUUCACAAUUAUUAUAUAAAGUUCUUUGCAAAUUCAUUGUGUACUGUUUAAAUAAUAACAAUUCCAGUAUUAAGACACUGCUACUCACUGACAUGUACCCGACACUUGCAAACACAAAUUGCAAUAUGUAGUAGUAAUGGUCAAUAAAACUUGGCUUU